AUGUUUAUUGGUGAUGAAAUCACUCAAGUACUUUUGGUCAUUGAUGGUUUGGAUCAAUUGGACAAGAAGAAUCGUACUCAUACUUUGGAUUUGUUACCUAUUACACUACCAAUUAAAUUGAUGGCUUCAACAUUGGACGGUGAUCAUACUCAAAGUUGUAGAAAAUGUAAAUUUGGUUUGGCAAUUGAAUAA